ACAACUCAGUGUUCCCUCUCUCAAGUUGCUUCGUCGUUGCCGCUGUGUUGGCGAACAACAGGAACCUUUAACUGGCAUGAGCACGCUUGACGCGACCAUGGUAGAUAGCUGCGGUGCCCGACCUAAAGCACCGUUGGAGAAAAUGGGGCCUGUAGAGAAGGAGGCAUCUGUGCACGAAGAAAUGAAGAGGAUGCAGAAGCUGCCUGCAAACAGUACUUAUGUCACUCAUAGGUUGCGGGUUCUCAACAAAAUUCUGCAGCUUUUGUCCAUUCAGAGAUCUGCAUCACAAGAACAGGAGUUGGAGUUGCUUUUUGCUGGGCUUUCUCUGUGAACCCAACCAACCUUUUUCAGGCAGUGAAUUUCCCGUCAUGGAUAUCUGUGUUUUUGGAAAACUGGGUUCAGAUCUGUUCCGUUACACACUGAAGAUUGUAUGUUUUUGGCAAGCUAAACAUCUCAUUCUUGUGUCUCUCAGAAAAAAAAAAAAUGAAAAACAUCUCACUCUUGUGACUAUCUUUUGUAAUACCUUUUCAAAGUUUCUAAGCUUUAAGUUAACCAACAUUGUGAAUAUUUUUGUUUUUGUUUUUCUUGUAUCCUUGCCUGUUGAGUCUUGACAUGGUUGAACUGUACGCCAUUGUGGUAUAUGGAGGAGAAUAGUAUACUAUCAAUUUGGCAUUUUCAUUUCCCAUUUUAUUGGAUGGGUCAUUCUUGGUUUGGGUUUUAUAUGGAUGUAAUUUUCAGCUAUUUGAUUAAGAAUAUUCAUCCAAGAAGAGAUGAUAGAGGAUCUAAACUUGUUUA